UCCGGGUCGCCGUGUGGUCCCUGUCGGCCGUACCCCAGGGAGGCGUCCUCUGACCUUUGCACUUGGCGUCUCCGAAUUUGGGCGCCUUCCGCAUUGACCCGGCUGUCCUGAGCCGGGGCCCCAGCACCCAGCAAGCACCAUGCCCUCUGGGGAAUAAAGGCCGGCGGGAUGACGCCUAGGUGGCUGAGAAGAUGAUUUGUCCAUGUCGGCCAAGGAGGGGCCCGAAGUUUCUAUACAGAAGGGGAGGAUUCCAGCUGAGUUUCGAAUAAGUGGGAGUUGGGAGGUGCCGAGGGGCAAGAGGCCAUUCAUUCCUUCAGAGGGAACAGAAUGUUCAAGACCUGCAGGCCCGGAGGGCCCGACUGGAGAACUGCAUUAUGGCUGAGAUAAUCAUGUUAUGAAGUCCAUCUCCUGCUUCAGAAACACACCUUCCAAGAUGAAGCCACUGCUAGUAACAGGUCCCCAGUGGCUUGGGACCCUUUCCAGGAGGUCAGUUAUGGGUGUGAGAGGCUUACAGGGAUUUGUGCGAAGUAGCUGCCCACAUGCAUGCACGGUAGUAAAUUUCAAAGAGCUGGCAGAGCGCCACCGCAGCAGGCAUCCUGGAGGGACCCCGACCAUUGUGGUCGAUGCCAUGUGUUGCCUCAGAUACUGGUACACGCCGGACUCUUGGGUCUGUGGUGGCCAGUGGCGGGAAUACUUCUCUUCUUUGCGAGAAUUUGUGAAAACUUUUACAGCUGUUGGCAUCAAGUUGGUAUUCUUCUUUGAUGGCAUGGUGGAGCAGUCCAAGAGAGACGAGUGGGUGAAACGAAGACUCAAGAACAACAGGGAGAUAGCCAAGAUCUUCCAUUAUAUCAAGUCCCACAGGGAGCAGCCUGGCAGAAACAUGUUCUUCAUCCCCUCAGGGCUGGCCACAUUUACUCAGUUUGCUUUGAAGGCCCUGGGUCAGGAGACCCUGUGUUCGUUACAGGAGGCCGACUAUGAGGUGGCUUCCUAUGGCCUCCAGAACAACUGUCUUGGGAUUCUUGGAGAAGACACUGACUAUUUAAUUUAUGACACCUGUCCCUACUUUUCCAUCAGUGAGCUCUCCCUGGACAGUCUGGACACCAUCAUGCUGUGCCGAGAGAAGCUCUCUCAGAGCCUGGGUCUCAGCCUGUCUGACCUUCCUCUUCUGGCCUGCCUGCUUGGCAACGACAUCAUCCCAGAAGGCAUGUUCGAAAGCUUUCGUUACAAGUGCUUGUCUUCUUAUACCUCUGUGAAAGAGAACUUUGACAAAAAAGGUAACAUUAUCUUAGCUGUAGCGGACCACAUAUCUAAAGUUCUUCGGUUGCAUCAAGGUGAGAAGAAGCUGGAAGAGAUGUUACCUUUGGGGCCAAACAAAGCUCUUUUUUAUAAAGGAGUGGCAUCAUAUCUUUUGCCAGGACAGAAGUCUCCAUGGUUUUUCCAAAAACCUAAAGGCGUAGUAACUUUGGACAAGCAGGUACUGUCCAUGAGUUCAGAUCCUAAAUCCAAGCAAGAAGUUCCCGUGUGUACAGACCCUGAAUCCAAGCAGGAAGUUCCCAUGUGUACAGACCCUGAAUCCAAGCAAGAAGUCCUCUUGUAUACACACCCUGAAUCCAAACAAGAGGUUCCCGUGUACACAGACCCUGAAUCCAAACAAGAAGUCCCCAUGUGUACAGACCCUGAACCCAAGCAAGAAUUUCCCUUAUGUACACACCCUGAAUCCAGGCAAGAAGUUCUCUUAUGCACACAUCCUGAAUCCAAGCGGAAAUUACCUGUAGAUACGGACCCUGAAUUUAACCUAGAAGCACCCCUGUGUACAAACCCUGAAAUUAAACAAGAAGAUCUUGUAAAUAUGGGGCCUGAAGUCAAGCCACAAAUAACUAUGGUUUCGGAUCCUGAGAUCUUGAAGGUCGCCAGAGCACAUCACGUCCAGGCAGAGAGCUACCUGGUGUACAACGUCAUGAGCAGCGGGGAGGUCGAAUGCAGCAACAGUCUGGAGGAUGCGAUGGACCAAGCUCUGCCCAGCCAGGCCUUCGUCUACCGCCCAGUGCGGCAGCGGGUGUACUCCCUCUUGCUGGGGGAUGGCGAAGGUGGUACCAGCACCUGCCCCACUGUCAAGGAGUGGUUUGUGUACUCUGGGAACCCACUGAGGCAGCCGGACCUCGUCAGGCCUCUGCAGAUGAGCAUUCCAGGGGGAGCGCCUAGUUUGAAGCUGCUGUGGCUGAGCCAAGAGGCAGGACUACAGGCCCAGCGCUUGGACACACUCCUGGCCUGUUUUGACCUUUCCUCCUCGCGAGAAGAGCUGCAGGUGGUCGAGAGCCCCUUUCAAGCGUUGUGCUGCCUCCUGAUCUACCUCUUUGUGCAGGUGGACACCCUCUGUCUGGAGGAUCUACAUGCCUUCAUUGCACAGGCCCUGUGCCUCGAAGGAAAGACCACCAUGGAGCUUGCAGACUUGCAGCUCGACCACGUCGACCCCAGGGCUGUGCAGCUGGGUACCCUCCUGGUCCGCGGCCUCACCACCCUGGUGCUGGUCAACAGUGCCUGCGGCUUCCCUUGGAAAACGUCGGACUUCAUGCCCUGGAAUUUGUUCGACGGGAAGCUGUUUCAUCAGAAGUACCUGCAGUCUGAGAAAGGGUACACAGCAGAGGCGCUUGUGGAACAACACAGGUCCUGGCUCACCAGAUUCCAUGCCCUGAAGUCAGUCGUGUGCAAGGCCUGCAUGAAGGAGAACAGACCCAUCGUCAGCAGGCGGCACUGGCGUUCACACCACUCAGGGCAGAGGGGCCGACAGGGAUCCAGCGACCACAGGAUGAGCUCUGGGUACAGCCGGUCUGGCCAAGGACAGCACUGGAGGGACCAGGGGCCAGGAAGUAGACAGUAUGACCCUGACCAAUGGAGAAGAUAUUAAUCAUCUUCUGGUAAUGGAAGCUUCAGCUUCAGAAUGGACGUUCCAGAUUCUUCAUUAUCAAGAUUUUGCCGCAUUUGCUUCAACUUUCCAUGUCUUUUCUUUGCUGACUUAACUCUCGUUCACUUUGUUAAAAGACAAACUAAAGCAUAUUAAAUUUUUAAGAGUUUAUUUGAGGAAAAAAGUCAAUUCAAAUUGGGCCGCACCAAAGCAGAAUCUGUUUGGAGGCGUCACCAGUAAGAGCCGGGAGGAGGCGAAGCAAGGCCCGAGGCUGCUGGCCGGCUGAAGCUCGUAGCCUCUCUGGCUGCUUGUGGUGGGUUGUCCUUAGGUUUGGGUUCCUUGAUUUCAAGGCAUUUGAGGGUUUGCUUACUUAGGCUGCUAAGGCCGUGAGCCAAGUCAGUCUGACGGCCUCUUUGUUUAAUUUACAACCUCUGCACACUGGGUCUGUCUCUGGCCUGUGGUGAGGAAGGUGUGUCCUUCACUCUCUAAGGAGGUCGGUGUGGGUGAGCUUCUAAGGAAAGGCCUUAGGCCUGGCCAUCCUGAUGGGCCCCAAGUCAGGGAGGUCCAGCACCCAGUCCAGCUUCUUGGCACACACCUGACCACCAGCAAGAGCUUCCAAGGAGCCCCUGCUCAGGGCGGUGGGGGAAGCCAGUCCAUCUCCAGCGUGGCCCACCUGCCGAAUGGACGGUGACAUGAAGCCAAUUCACAUCUUCCAGGUUCGGAAACUUUCCUCAAGUGAUUCUGUGAUGAUUUCCUCCUUUCAUUUUCUCCGCUCUCAAUUAUUUGUCUCAGAGGUUAGACACUGUAUUCUGAGUCCUAUAAUUAUCUUACAUUUUCCUCCUAAUAUCUUUUUGUCUUUUUACUCUACUUUGUGGGAAAUUUCCUAAACUUUAUUUUCCAUCCUUUCUGUUAAUUUUUUAAUUGUGCUGUUUUUAAAUUCUGAGAGCUCAACAUACUUAAUUUUUAUCACAUUUUCUUCUUUGUGUCAAGACUGCACGUUUUCUCUCACAUCUGAGAUUAAUUACACCCGUAAGUUCGUUUUAUUUUGUUUCUCUUCCUUCAUAGACUGUCCUUCCGAGUUUCUUUUUCUGUAUGUUUGUUUUGGUCUCUGUUUUUACUUUAGUUUUUUUUUCCUCAGAUGCCAGGUGAUUCUUGAGUCCGCUCUUGUUGAAGAGUCAGGCAUUAGAAAGGGGAUUGGAAGUCUGUGCCUGGCGGGCCUUCUACCCGCCAUCUUCUCAGUCAUGGGACCCCUGUGGAAGCCCUGACACUGGAAUCCUUCGCUCUGUUACCUCGGGUUGGUCAGUUUCCUUAGAGCAGAGACCUCUAGUUUCUUCUGGAGGCACAGAAGGGAUGACGUAGUUGAGAACAUCUGAAGCUCUGCGUGACCUUUGGAAACAGGGUGAGGGGCCUUGGAGUAACCUCCAGGUUUCUGCCUUGUGUUGGGUUCAGAUCUCAGUAGCGUUGACUUGGAAGCAUGGGGAGAACAGCAGUAACCUGUGGGUGUGUAGCCCUUGAGACGCCGACGCCGCACACGCACACGGAUGCAGGCGCACACGGCGAGCACAUCUGUAGAGAACUAGGAAUAGCCCCUGGGGCACCAGCACCCACAGACCACGGAGAAAGGGGAGGUUGAGGGAGAGCUGCCUGAGGGUGCAGGAGGGGUUGGGUGCAGGUGCCCUGGGUCGCGGGGAGGAGCGUCUCAGAGGAGAGGGGCUGGCACCUUCCAGCAUCUCCGAGGCAGGAGCGACCCACAAAGAAGGGAUGAUGUUGAGCCCUGAGGACAGCAGGGGUCACAUGGAAGAAGCACAUGGUUGGUGGCGUCAGAUCAGGAGACCCGUUGUGGGCCUCCAAGGCCACACUCAGUGAGGGGGCACCGCAGGGGCAGGGGGUCCCUCAGCUUCUCCUAGACCCUCCUCCACAUCCAGGCAGCACAGCACCCAUGCAGACACACACGGCCUCAGGUGUGAUGCUUCCUGUGGAGGGAACUGCAGCUGACACACCCCUCCUUUCCUGCUCACCCCAGGCCCUCCAGCUUAGGAAGCUGUCCUGUCCUGGCAGGAAGAGCGGGCUGGCUCAGAAGAUGCGGUUGCCACGGAGACUCACGCAGCCACUUGUGUUCCAGGCAGUCCAGCCAACGCCUGCCUGCUGGGUGGGACAGAACCGUGUCACCAUUGGAGAGAGAAUUGUUUUAAAACUUGGACAUUGAACAUAGCGCCUCUGGCUUACCUACAGUCAAGACACAUCAUAAAAUACACUGUGUUUCACACGUUACUGGCACCCAGUCCAAGACGUACAUGGGACGUGGUGUGUGUUUUAAACUCCGUUCCCCUUGUGCAUUUCACAGGCAGCGGGUAGAGAAGGGAGCCAGGAAGACAAGGCAGAACUGAAGACACUCACGGAAAACCACCUGCGACGUGUCGCCCAGAAGCAUCACUGCAGCUUCACCCCGAAUACAAGUAUCGUCCUAACAGUGAAUGUAAAUGCAGAGACGCUCGUGGGAGAGAAUAGGGAGUGGAGAACUCAGCCACACUGCAGGAGGCCUCUGGUCGGCCGCACAGCAGAGGCCUCGCUGUCUGUCCAGAGCGCGUGGUUACAGCUCCUGCUUCAUUUUCACACAGCCCAGUGCACACUCGUGUCUUCAUACAGCUGUCCUUGAGUUAAAAACACGAUUUCACAGAAAGUUACUUUCUCACAGUGGUGGGCCCAGGCCUCUGACAUACAAGGAUCCUUGUAAAAUGCAUUGAUGUGUCCAUGGUACAGCUUUUAGGUUUUGAUUCCUUGUUUAAAUUUGUCAGAAAGGCCAUUUUGUCAGGAGUUAGAGUUUUCUGCGGGUGAGUGGAAAUGACUGGCCUGUGGUGAGCAUUUUGCUCCUAGGAGCUAGCCAGACCUCGUCGUUAAAGGAGACACAUGCAAGAGCCAGGGAAAAGCUAUGACCCGUCCAGGGGCCGGGCACCAGGGCCGCAUUCCACGCGCUCUGUUCCUCGGCACUCUCCACAAGGUCCACAGGGAAGCCUGCAGCUGUACAGAUGGUCUGGUCGGGUUUGCCAUCUCUCUUCGUGUCGUAACGGUGAUCUGUGAUGCACGUGUGUGGUUUAUGCCAAAUAUAAAUGAUUAGUCUGUUACUAAUGAGAAAACAUGACUGACUUCUUUGCUUCUGUUUUUCAUUUGGACCUGUAGUUAAAGUCCUAGAGCUGGAAAGGCCUUGGGGCUCUAACCCAGGCCUCUUAGGUAGCAGACGACUCCCACGAGGUUACCGUGGCGACAG